AUAAUAUAUCAUUUAUAUUAAUGAUAUAUUUUGUAUAGCGCCAAAUUAAUAUCUCAGUUUUUCAUGAGAAGAUCAAAACGAAAAUUUUUAGAUCCUAAAGUGGCAUGUUCGAGUCAGCACGAGAUGAAGUUCAAUAUAAAAAAAAUACAAAAAAAUAACAGAAAUAAGUGGCAAAAAAAUUUAUACGAGAACUACGGAUUGCCGGACAACUAUACGGACAGUUCCUUUUUGGAGCAACUGCGUAAAAAUAUAAAACCAAACAAUGUGACAUUGAUAGAAGCACUAAACUUGGGUGCCAGCAUAUCCACGAGAUUAAGUGUUGUUGUACUUUUUAUUAUAAUAUUUAUCUGGCUGAACAACGAAUGGACUACACCAAAUGUUAUUGUGAUAUCAGGCAGUAUAUUGACUAUUCUUGGAUAUUUUGUAUAUAACAAAAUACCGGAUCGACCUGUGAAACUAACAAAGGAUUUGCGAACAGUAUUAAUAUUUCUCACGUUUGGUUACAUAUUGUCACCCAUUUUAAAGACUUUGACAGAAACAAUUAGUACUGAUACAAUUUAUGCCAUGACAAUAUCAAUGUUCCUAACUCAUCUGGUAUUUAGCAAAUAUGGAUCAUCACAGAUCUUCCUAUCAGAUUCUUUAUCUAUAACUUCUUCAAUUUUUGGCUCGCUAAUGUUGGCUUCCAGAUUAGCAUCCCCAUUACAUGCCUUUUCGCUUUUAACAGUUUCAGUUCAAUGUUUUGUAUUGUUACCUUAUUUGCUGUUGCAAAUAAAUAAUAAAAUUAUCAUAUCUGCCAUUCUGACUAUUAGUACCAUAUAUUUACUUUUAUUUAUUUCACAAACAUUCUCCUAUGUCUUUAUUAUAGCUAUAAUAUUCAUCCACUUUGUCUGUCCACUUUGGUAUAUCAAGUGCCAAAAAUAUAAGGAUAAUAUUUAUGGUCCUUGGGAUGAAGCAGUAAUUGCUUCUUAAAAAAAAUAAAAUUAGAUAUAUGUAAUUAUAAAUUUGUACA